UGGAGGCUGUGUCUGUCUGAGCUGACGGUGUACAAGGUUGGAGUCCUGAUGGCGUCUCGCCUGGACUCGCCGUUCGACUUGGAGCGCUGCGGGCCAGCUGUGGACCUGGCUCUGGACAAGAUCAACGAGAAAUUCCUCGCGCACCACAAUGUUGAGCUCCAGAAGGUUCAGGGAAGCUAUCCAUCCUGCUCUGGCGCCAUCGCCCCCGGACUAGCAGCUGACAUGCACUUCAAGGAUGACGUCAUAGCCUUCAUUGGACCGGCCUGCGCCUUCGCCCUGGAGCCCGUAGCGAGACUGGCCGCGUAUUGGAACACACCCAUUAUAACCGGCAUGGGAGAUCAGCCACCUUCGGAAGGUGAGCUCGCCGCGCCAGCGAGCGUCGUCAGCCGCAUGCAUCGACUCAGAAACUUGAAGAAGGGCUCCGAGCCUCAAACCCUGUUCAACGACAAGGGCAAGUACCCGACGCUGACGCGCAUGUCGUACUGUCAGUGCCGGCUGCCGCGCGUCUUCACCAGCGUGUUCGAGCGGUUCGGUUGGGCGCAUGUCGCGUUGCUGCUGGAUAAGUCCGACUUGUUCUCGCUUACUGUAGGUAAGAGCCUGGAGUGGGGUCUCCGGAAGAAGGGUGUGCUGAAGGCGGUCCGGGAGCUGGACGGCAACGAGCGGGAGUCCUGCGAGGCGCUGCUCAGAGACGUCAGCAUGUACGCAAGAGUGGUGAUACUGAGCGUGCGCGGGUCGCUGGUGCGCGAGUUCAUGCUUGCGGCGCACUCGCUCGACAUGACGCGCGGCGACUACGCCUUUCUCGACGUCGAGAUAUUCCAGGGCGGGUACUGGGGCGAAACCGGGUGGGCCACAGGCGAUGAUCGCGACGCGGCAGCGCGCGCAGCGUAUGAGGCGUUGCUGCGAGUGUCGUUGAAGCUGCCCACAGGCGACCGCUUUGACGAGUUCGCCGACACCGUGCGACUGCGGGCCCGACAUCACUACAACUACACCUUUUCGGAUGGGGAAGAGGUGAAUUUCUUUAUCGGCGCGUUCUACGAUGGCGUUUACCUGCUGGGUAUGGCGCUGAACGAGACCCUGACCGAGCAGGGUGAUCUGAGGGACGGCAGGAGCAUCACUAGACGAAUGUGGGGGAGGGACUUUCAUGGUAUAACUGGCCACGUGCGUAUAGAUGAGAACGGUGACAGAGACGCGGACUACGCGAUACUGGACCUAGAUCCCGUUACUGGGAAAUUUGAAGUGGUGGCGUUCUACCAUGGCCUCAACAGCAGCUACAAGGCGGUAGCGGGCAAGGCGAUCCACUGGCCGGGCGGCCGCCGCGAGCCCCCGCCUGACAAGCCGCGCUGCGGGUUCCUCGGCAACGACCCGAUUUGCCAGGGAGAAGCCCAGACCGUUAUAAUAUACUGUUUUAUCGGUCUGGCGGUUUUCUUGACGUUCGCUGUAACAGGGGCCUGUGUCGCCUACAAGCAAGUGCGUAUAGACGCGGAGCUGAACAAUACGAGAUGGCGCGUGCGGCCGGAGGAGGUACUAGUGGAGGUGGGCGCCGGUCUAGGCACCAGCCCCGCGCUGCACAGCAUCAAUGAGGUGCUCAAGCUAUCCCUGGGUUGGAACACCCGCAACGGUUCCGGCACACCUAGCAUCCCUUCGCUGACGCUGUCGUCUUUUACCGUUGGGCUGUACAAGGGCAACAGAGUCGCUGUGAAGAAGAUACACAGGAAGAAGCUGGAUCUCAACAAGAAAUUGUUGUGGGAGAUCAAACAGGCGCGCAACGUUUCCCACGAGAACACAGCUCGCUUCAUUGGCGCGUGCGUCGACUGCCCACUAGUGUUUGUGCUGACGGAGUACUGCCCUAAGGGCUCUCUCAAGGACGUCCUAGCCAAUGAUGAGCUGCAGUUAGACUGGAACUUCCGGACGUCGCUGGUGCAUGAUAUUGUCCAGGGAAUGUGCUACUUACACAGCGGGUUCGGUGCGCACGGCAAGCUGCGUUCGUCCAACUGCCUCAUAGACGGCCGAUUCGUGCUGAAGAUCUCAGACUACGGCCUCAAUACCUUGUGCACUCCUACCGAUCUCAUCAAGGAUGAUGCGUACUACUACAAGUUGCUGUGGACGGCUCCGGAGCUGGUGGCUGGCAGCGUGUACCCUGGUGGAGUAGCGUCGCUCAAGGGCGACGUGUACAGCUUCGGUGUCAUACUGGAGGAGAUAGUCUCGCGCGCGGGACCCUUCCAUAAUUAUACCAAUACUAUGUCUUUUAAAGAGAUUGUAUCCCGCGUUUGCGGCCGCGAGUCACCGCCGUUUCGGCCUGCGGCACCGGAGGCGGGCGAGGCGGGCGCGGGGGGUGGCGCCGCGGGGGAGCUGCUGCAGCUCGCCGCGCGCUGCUGGGCUGAAAGUCCUGAUGAUAGACCCACCUUCGACACCAUCAAUACCAGCUACAUCAGGGGCUACUGUGACAAUCUCAUGGACGACUUGCUCCGCCGUAUGGAACAGUACGCCAACAAUCUAGAGUCGUUAGUGGAGGAGAAGACAGAACAACUGUCGCUGGAGAAGCGAAGAUCGGAGGAGCUGCUCUAUCAGGUGUUACCAAGGCCAGUAGCAGAACAACUUAUGGCUGGCGAGGUAGUCCAGCCUGAAAGUUUUGAAUGCGUGACCGUCUACUUCAGCGAUAUCGUCGGCUUCACGGAGUUAUGUGCUGCGUCCACUCCCAUGCAAGUGGUCGAUUUGCUCAAUGAUCUGUACAGUACGUUCGACAGGAUUAUCGGAUUCUAUGAUGUUUAUAAGGUGGAGACUAUAGGCGACGCGUACAUGGUUGUGUCGGGUCUGCCGGAGCGUAACGGCGACCAGCACGCGCGCGAGAUCUGCCUCAUGGCGCUGGCCGUCGUCGACGCCGUGCGCGGCUUCGUUGUGCGCCACCGCCCCGCACAUAGACUCGAGGUUCGAGUGGGUGUGCACUCUGGGCCGGUGUGCGCGGGAGUGGUGGGUGUGAAGAUGCCGCACUACUGCCUCUUCGGUGACACUGUCAAUACUGCCAGCCGCAUGGAGUCUACCGGACAACCUCUACGCAUCCACCUAUCGGAAAGUACUCGCGCGUUACUCGACCAAUGGGGGACCUUCGUGGUGGAGAGACGGGGGGAAGUGGAACUAAAGGGUCGAGGACGUAUGCUGACGCACUGGCUGCUGCACUGCUCGGAGGAGUCGCGGCCGCUGGCGCAGAGCCCCCAGCCGCUGCAGUACCCGAUACUGUUCCCCACUCUCCCCCAGCCCAUGAUACAUACGCCAUAUUUGGUGGUGGAGCCUACUAUACCGACUUUGGCUGCUUAGGGGUGAGAUAACAUAAAGAUAUAUUGUCACCCAUUCUUCUUUAGCUCAUGUACCAUCAAAGAAGUUGUUCUAUAGAUAACAGAUGACUAACUUCACUUCGUCGUGUUAUAUCUGACCUAGUAGACCGAUCUUUAUUGGU